GGCGUCACCAGUCAUUCAAAUUCAUUGGAUGAGUAUUGCUCACGUCAACGAGAGAAGAGUAUGAGUGUUUAGUUCCGAACAUUCAUAGUAGCCUAAAUUGUACCACGUUCUUUGCUCGUUUUAGUCCAUUAACGGUAUUAUUGGAAUUUAGCUUCAAUCUUGAGUAGGCAAUGUUGAACGAAGCUUCGGGUCAGAAGUACUUUGAUGUUUCAAACGUUAUGAAGACGGGUACUCUUAGAAGCGCCAGGACAUCAUUUGCAUGAAACUGCAAGAUCAAGACGGUGAGUCCAACUGUACCCGAUUCAAAGAGAAACUGGGGAAAACGACUGAGGACCACGACACCUGUGCUCAGUCUACACCCCCCCCCCCCAAAGAAACCUUAAAUCCACCAUGUCUCUCAACACCUUCCACCUGAUGGAGACACUCAAGAACUCCCCGUCCGUUUUACGCCGCCGCUUCCGCCGUGACCGCACCGAGUCCCUCUCCCACGGCGACCCGCUCUUCAAGGUCCACUACCUGGGCACUGAGAAAAUCUUCUCCCUGGAUCUGCAGCAGGCCCAGGAUGCCAUAGCCCGGCUGCUUGACGGGGCCUCCAACGGAAAGAAACUGAGCAAAGACCACGCGUUGGUGGUUCGUCCACGAUAUGUUGAAGUCAAAGAGCUCAGCACAGGACGCCAGCUCACUAAGACGUACCUCCAGGACAUCGCCUACUGCGCGGCCGACGCCACCAGACCCAACGUGUUUCUGUACAUCUGUAAGCAUCACGGGCAACAGCUGCACUGCCGGGUGUUUUGGUGUAGCCGGGCAGAGCGGGCACGGGACAUGACGGCCUGCCUGGCACACUCCUUCCAGAGGGCACUGAGCGACUGGCAGGGGGACGGGGACGUUGUGUUAGGUGGAAGUACCGGCACUCUGACCUCAGAAAAGGACAGGGUGAAGGAGGGAGAGGAUAUGCACAGCACCACUACUAACCCCAAAAGCUCCAUACAACCAGACGGCUGUGGAAGAGUCCGUUGGAAGAAGAGGAGCUCCCUGUCUCGUAGUCCACUGAGAGCCAUGACCAGGAAGGGCUCUGCCUCUGACAUCUGGCACUGAGACCCCGAUCCCCAGCAUGGGACACGGAACUGACGACAUCCCCAGCAUGGGACACGAAACUGACGACAUCCCCAGUGGCCAGCUACAGCACGGUGGAGGGAUUGAAAGAACCCACCCCUACUGGACACAACAGGAUUGAAAAAAAAAAAAAGGAGUGAGGGAGAUCACUGCUGGACUUUCUUUCAAAUGAGACAUUGCCUUGCUUACAUGGUGAGUCUACAGUACCGUUCAUGACCGGGGCAUGAACUGUGGAAGUUAAUGACUAGCUACCUUGGCUUUUGCCUCUGGAUUACUAGAGAACAAGAUGUUUAGUUGAUAGCGUUGUACUGUACGCUGUUGGCAGCUACCAGUAUUCACCUCAGUGGCCUUGACUCGCUUUCACUGUUGGAACGCUUCAAGGCUGAAGUGCUAAUUUCCUAUACUACUCCAAGUUACUUGUUUUCCACUGGGUGGCCUUGAUACUCUGAACUGUCAGUUAUGCUUAGAAGAAAGGAGCUAAAGGUCCUGUGUGCCUUUCUUAGCUAGACAAGGAUAUGACUACAGAUUACACCAAACCUCAAUUUCCUCUCCAUACAAUACUGAACACAGCCUGGACUGGUUGAAACUGGUCAGACAGUCCUAGCAAUGACUGUGGUUUUUUAAACAUUUGUAUGCAUUUAUUUGAAUAAUAAGUCUUGUUUAACACACGGCUCUUCCUGAAACACUAGAUUGUUUUUUUUUUUUAAAGGGAGGAGGAGCUUAAGUUUGAGCCAAACAUGAGCACAGUGUUUGUCUUGGGAGAGGGGUUAAAAACGGAGGUGUGUGAGGCUUAACGGGGCAUAAAGGGUUCAUUUGAGCAGACCAUAGAAGAACAUGGGCUAUGUUGUCAUAGCUACACAGUAAUGUGCAUUCAUAGGCAGGGUUUUAAGUCAUUCGGUUCAGACUUCACCACAUACGUAAUUUAGUCCAGUGGUUCCCAAACUUUUUCGGUCACUGUACCACCAACUGAAUUUUUCUCUGCCUGGAGUACCCCCUGAAGUACCCCCUCAUGUGCAUUAUACCAGUAGGACUAUGGUCUCAUGAGUCUUAUCAAGUACCCCCUGUGGCUAGACCAAGUACCCCCAGGGGUCCUAGUACUCUUGUUGGGAACCACUAGUCUAGUCAAUGCACACUGACUGUUCGCAUUAUUUAUAUUUUUGUCGAAACAUAUUACUAUUCAUCAAGUGAAAUGUAAUCCUUAAUUAAGUUCCAUAUGCUUAAUUUGUUCCUAUAAGGUGUUAGUGUCUGCUAAAAGUGUUUUUUUUUUUUUUUUAACAUACUGUAUGUCACAGGAGGUUGGUGUCACCUUAAUUGGGGAGGACAGACUCGUAAUAGCUGGUGUGGAAUGGUAUCCAAUACAUUAAACACAUGGUUUCCAUGCGUUUGCCAUUCCAUUUCCUCCGUUCCAGCGAUUAUUAUGAGCCGUCCUCUCCUCAGCAGCCUCCACUGAUGUAUGUAUAUAUUAUUUGCAUUUAUGUGGAAAAAUCGCUCACCCAUGAUCCUCCUUGUUCCUCAUUAUUCCCGUGUGGGUGAAGUAUAACCCUGGGUGAGUUUUUUUGGGGGGGGCAUGUGUGGGGCAGGAACUUUGUUUUGCAGUGUUCUGCACUUCGGCAGUGCACCUGCAUUCCUAUGGGGACAUUAAAGUUCUCGUAUCCUCCUUGGCCCCGCCCACUCCCUCCCCUCAGUCUGGCUUAACCUAACCUCAUGACUCUGCAUGUUUCAUAGCAUUAGUGUAUUGGUGUCCUGGCCCCAAGCUGAAAUACCUGUGUCUACACACAAACGCUCUCUCCUCACACACAUUCUCAUGCCACAUCCGCUCAUUCCAUACAAUAUACUUCUGAUUACUCUGACCACCACGUCAGGGUUGUGUUCAUUGGGCACCUCAUAUCUGCAUGUUUACAGUAAAAGGUGCCUCAGUUAUUUGACUUGAUAGUUUUAAACCAUUUAUUUUAAAUGACUAUGUAUUGUGAUGCAUCUCAAAUGGCACAACCCCAUCUUGGGAGGGCAAGUGUCAGGUUUUGUGUUGUACUUGUUUUGUACAUCCUUGUUUACAUAUUUUUAAAUACAUGUAAGCUAUGGAAUAAACUUUCAUACAAUGGUA